CAAGCAGACCUGCUCCGGCUGCGCGCCGCGCGGCUCUCCUCCGAGAGGGGCAGCAGUAGCCUCGGCGGCCGCAGCUCUUCCGGGGAACCGAGCACGCCUCUCGUGCGCCCCCAGGACCCGCCACCUGCUCCCCGCUUGCAGCUGAGCCGCCGCCCGAGAUGGAUUUCCUCCUGGCGCUGGUGCUCGGGUCCUCGCUCUACCUGCAGGCGGCCGCGGAGUUCGACGGGAGGUGGCCCAGGCAAAUAGUGUCAUCCAUUGGGCUGUGUCGUUACGGCGGAAGGAUUGACUGCUGCUGGGGCUGGGCCCGCCGGUCCUGGGGACACUGUCAGCCUUUCUACGUCUUAAGGCAGAGAAUAGCCAGGAUAAGGUGCCCGCUCAAAGCUGUGUGCCAGCCACAGUGCAAACAUGGUGAAUGUGUCGGGCCAAACAAGUGCAAGUGUCAUCCUGGAUAUGCCGGGAAGACCUGCAAUCAAGACCUAAACGAGUGUGGCCUGAAGCCGCGGCCCUGCAAGCACAGGUGCAUGAACACUUACGGCAGCUACAAGUGCUAUUGUCUCAACGGAUACAUGCUUAUGCCGGAUGGGUCCUGCUCAAGUGCCCUGACAUGCUCCAUGGCAAACUGUCAGUAUGGCUGUGAUGUUGUCAAAGGUCAAAUCCGGUGCAAGUGCCCGUCUCCUGGCCUCCAGCUGGCCCCUGAUGGGAGGACCUGUGUGGACAUUGAUGAAUGUGCUACUGGAAGAGCCUCCUGCCCCAGAUACAGGCAGUGUGUGAACACUUUUGGGAGUUACAUCUGCAAAUGUCAUAAAGGCUUCGACCUCAUGUACAUAGGAGGCAAAUACCAAUGUCACGAUAUAGAUGAAUGCUCCCUUGGGCAGUACCAGUGCAGCAGCUUUGCGCGAUGUUACAACAUUCAUGGGUCCUACAAGUGUAAAUGUAAAGACGGAUACCAGGGCGAUGGACUGAAUUGUGUGUAUAUUCCAAGAGUAAUGAUUGAACCUUCAGGUCCUAUUCAUGUACCAAAGGGAAAUGGUACCAUCUCAAAGGGUGAUGGAGGACACAGUAAUUGGAUUCCUGAUGUCAGAAGCACUAGGUGGCCUCUGAAGACACCGUACAUGCCUCCUGUCAUUACCGACAGGCCCGCUUCUAAGCCAACAGCAAGGCCUACACCAAGGCCAAUGCCAGAGCCUACACCCCCUCCACCCCCACCCCCACCCACCGAGCUCAGAACACCUCCGCCAGCAACAGCCCCGGAAAGACCGGCCACCAGACUCACAACCAUGCCACCAGUCGCCACCACAGCGCCCAGAGAGAUUACGGUCGACAACAGGAUACAGACGGACCCUCAGAAACCGCGAGGAGAUGUGUUCAUUCCACGGCAGCCUUCAAAUGACUUGUUUGAAAUAUUUGAAAUUGAAAGAGGAGUCAGUGCAGAUGAUGAAGCAAAGGAUGAUCCAGGUGUUCUGAUCCACAGUUGUAAUUUUGACCAUGGGCUUUGUGGAUGGAUCCGGGAAAAAGACAGUGACGUGCACUGGGAACCAGUGAGGGAUCCAGCAGGUGGACAGUAUCUGGCGGUCUCAGCAGCCAAAGGCCCGCUGGGGAGGGCCGCCCGCCUGCUGCUCCCCCUCGGCCACCUCCUGCACGCAGGGGACCUGUGCCUGUCGUUCAGGCACAAGGUGACGGGGCUGCACUCCGGCACGCUCCAGGUGUUUGUGAGGAAACACGCUGCCCACGGAGCAGCCCUGUGGGGAAGAAAUGGUGGCCAUGGCUGGAGGCAAACGCACAUCACCCUGCGAGGGGCCGACAUCAAGAGCGUCAUCUUCAAAGGUGAAAAAAGGCAUGGUCACACUGGGGAGAUUGGAUUGGAUGAUGUGAGCUUGAAAAAAGGCCACUGCCCUGAAGAACGUGAGCAACUCCAGAACUAGCAAUGAACCCCCAUGUUGCUCCCUCCUCUUUUUCCAACCUUCACCUCCUGUCCUCUCCUCCCUCUUAUCAGGCCUAGGAAAAGAGUGGGUCAGGAAAGUCUGGUUGGUGACCCACAGCUUGCUGGCCUGCUUUUGUUGUGCAAUCCCAAUGAACAGUGACACCCUCCUUGAAAUACAGGGGGGCAUAUGUAGACGUGUCCAAAGUCAUUUUUGGGUGUUAACCUUUCAUGCUGUGUCUUUUUAAGAAGGCCUUCGACGUGUGUGACCUAUACCAUCCUUCAUCCUCGUUGCAAGGUGUUUCUUGUAGCAAAUUAUGGGAGAAGGUUUCAAAAGAAAUCUGUGCAAAUGGCCAUUCUGUUAUCUGUUCAGUGUUGUACCACAAGUAGUAUUGACUUCCCCAAGAUGUGUUGUACAGUGUGCUUGUGAAAUUUGGUUUCUCCUCUCCACUUGGUAUUGAUAGUUCUUGUCUGACCUGAACUCUUUCACUGCCAUUCUCUUUGUAAAAGAAGGGUGUAUAACAUAUCAAGAUGCAUUUACUCUUGUUAACUGUAUUUUUCUUCUAAAGACAAUUAUGUAAAAUGGGCACAUAAUCCCUCGUUAUUAGUAUUGUAUUUUGUGUAAAUGUGUUAUUGGUAUUAAGUAGUUACAUGUUCCUAAUAGUUACAGACUCUAGUUGCAAGGGAAAGGCAGCUUGUGAUCUUUUGAGUUAAAAAAUACACGGUGGAAUGGCAUCCAGUUCCAUGACCUUAUAUUGGCAGCAAGAGAAAAUUGGAAGAGGUGUCACGUUGUGGUCAUAGCGAGGUGAAUUUAAUGGCAUUGAGUUUGAUCACUACAAAGGACAGUAGACCAUUCAGUAAUAGACAGGAAACUGAGGUUAACAUAUAAAACCCUCACUGUUUCAGGUUACACUUGAAAACCAACAGCUUUUACCACAGCAUCAUGGCUCUUUCUGGCAAUCUGUAAGCAGCUUUAUGAAAGUUCGGGUUGUUUUGAAGAAAAGGUUCUGUUUGUGGAAGCCGGGUGUUUGGAAGCAUGGGGGAAGCUUCACUGAAAGAUUUUCAUACUAAUUUUUAAACAAGUAUAAAUUUAGGCAGGUCUAGAACAUGACCUAUGUGCUGUUGUGUCAGGAAAGGAUAGGAGGCAAAUCUCAUGCUUUGAGGCGUUGGAUGUGCUGGAAUGGGAUUCAUACACACACUAGGGCAACAGGACAAGAUUGGAAUUCUAAGAUCAGUGAGACGAAAACUGCAUUUCCUCCCUGCAAAGUUUACUCUUAGGUUUAAAAAUAUACAUACAGAACUUUUAAAAGGCAACUUAUUCCUGAGGCUUUCAUUUCUGAUUAAGUAAUCAAAAUAUUUUUUGCUGUUUUUGCCAGGAAUCACAAAGAUGAUUAAAGGGUUGGAAAAAAAGAUCUAUGAUGAAAAGUUAAAGGAACUGGGAUUAUUCAGCAUGGAGAAGAGAAGACUGAGGGGCAAACCAUUGCUGGUUUUCAAGUAUAUAAAGGGUUGGUACAGAGAGGAUGGUGACCAGCUGCUCUCCACAUGCACUAAGAAUAGAACAAGAGGAAACAGGCUUAGACUGGAGUGUGAGGGAGCGUUUCCUGGCAGGAACAGUUGUUAAAUUAGAAUCUUUUGUUUUUAAAAGUGUGUGAAUUUUUUUGAGACUUUAAAAAAAUUUGAUAACAUUCUUUUCUAUUAAUUUAAGAUGGUUAAAAGUGUUCUUACCUCAAGGUAGAGUAACAGAUUACAGAAUCUCUCCAAAGAUAUCUUGAUUGUAUUACUAUGUAAUGAAAAUUUCCAGGCCUAAGUAACAUGGACUAGGCUACGGUCUAACUGAGCUAUUUCCCUCUUGGCCUCCAAAUAGAGAGGAAUCAAAAGGGGGAAAGCCACAGCGCUGAGCUCAUGAAAAGGUCUCUCUCUUUAUGGCAAGCCUAGAAGUGUUACAAAAACAAAAAAGAAAAAAUGUAAAAUCUAUUUAUUCCAAGAGUGAUGGGCAGAUAUUUUAGUAUCUCAGUGACAUCCUAAUGUGGUGGUGUGCAUUUUUUCUCUUAGUAAAGUUAUAACCCUUUUACUUGCUUAAUGGAUGAUAUUUCAAAAUUUUAAAGAGACUAUAGCUAAGAACAUUAGCUGAGAGAGAUUUUUAUCUGGUGCAAUCUCCCUGCAAUGUGUGUGACAACUUCACCUGACUACUGAAAAAGAGUGUCAUGCCCAACACCACUGCCAGGACCUUUCCUUCACCUAAUAGCAUAAGUGUCUCUUACCAUUUGGAAUUUUCAAGCCCCACAAAAUGGUAUUGUUUUUGGAACAAUAGGACUAUAGAAUCUUUCAUCAUUUAACUUGGUGGAGGCAAGGCUGGAGGGGGAAUAUAAAUCAGUAAGCCUUUGAGUUAGGGGCCAGGAAAUACAGCUUUAGAUCCAUUUUUAAUGAUUCAUUUCCUUUUUGGUCAUAUAACUGCACAACUGGAGAUGAAAGGGGAAAAUAGAAAAUUUCACUUUUAGGUGCCAAUAAUACAUUGCACUACACUGAUGGAAGAAGUUAUCCAAAGUACUGUAUAACAUCUUGUUUAUUAUUUAAUGUUUUCUAAAAGUGAAAAAUGUUAAUGGUUUUCCAAACAGCCAAAUAAAAAUAAUUCUUUGUAAAUAAAAACACUGUUAAUAAUA